UAAUAAAAAGUCACGUGCGAUUCUCGUUCAGCUACAGUAGUCCCUCUGUGUGUAAAGAUCCAUUCAACUUGGUUUUAACGCAUGAAAGAUUAUUCAAGCGAUGACGAUAUAAUAAAUGAUCUUUAAAUUCCAAGUAAAUGGUUCAAAGCCUCUGCAUCGCAUGCAUAUUUAGAAAAUAAAAGAUUUUGCAUUAGAGGCGGAGUGCUGCUGCACCCGAAAUGUGCUAAAACUGUUUGAAGAUAAAAGAGUGAACACGACAUAAAAGGAUUAUUCUCUUGGAGAAUGUGACAAGAAAAACUGUUGUACAUCGUGAAAGCACACGUCCGACCUUGAUAGUAGAGCUAUGCCUCAGUCAAAAAUGUCAAGUGUUUUCUUGUUCUUAUAAUACACAACAAUUCAGUCCCUAAGGAAAGAUAAAUGGUUCCAAAAAAUCCUUUACAGACCAGAUAACUGAAAAAUGUCGCAUACUCCAGUUUGCUUUAUCUCCAGCCAAUAGCUUGAGGAGAAAAGAGCAUACGGCUCGUGGCUGCUCGCCACCAUGACCUUUGUCAACAUGCCCUCACCCUUUUUAUGAUGUACUCAAAGUACCCGACUAUCGCACCAAUGUUUUCACACCCUCCAGUCGCAAACGAGAGCAUGCCCUAGUCCUACAUCAGACUCCGCCUAAGAAAGUGCUGGAAAUUCUUGAACAACUAUCGUCGGCAGACUGCAUUUCAACUCUAGCGCGAUGGAGUUACUGUUCGGGUUGGACUUGCCGAUGUACUUGCUCUUGCUUUUCAUUGCAGUCGUCCUGCUUUAUGUCUAUGGGACUUGGUCUUUUGGAAUAUGGAAGUCUCUUGGAGUGGAUGGACCAGCACCUCUGCCUUUCUUUGGACACCAGUGUGAGAUAAACAAAAAGGGAUAUGAAAACAGCAUUCGGAAAUGGUCACAGACUUAUGGUCGCACAUUUGGAAUUUACUGUGGACGUCGGCCAUUGCUGGUGACCACUGACCUUGACAUCUUAAAGGAAGUGCUCGUUAAAGAUUUCAACAGAUUUACAGACAGAUUUGACAAGUUUGAACUGUUUCCAAAAGAAAUUCAAGCAAACCUUUUCAUUAUUGGAGGCGCAGACUGGAAAAGGGUUAGAACCCUAUUGACACCUACAUUUAGCUCAGGAAAACUGAAACUGAUGGAGAACCAUAUCGACAGGUGUUGUAUAAAUCUCACUGAAAAUCUUCUGGAGGCCAUAAGGAAAGGGGAAAGAAUUGAUGCCAAAAAAUACUUUGGAGCCUACACCCUGGACGUGAUAUCGAGCACAGCGUUUGGAAUUCAAGUCAAUUCACAGAAAGACCUCAACGACCCCUUCGUCAAGGAUGUGGCCAGUGUUAUGCACGAAGCCGGCAGCAGUGAUGGAUUGUUAACAGUUCUCGCAGCUUCGGUUCAGUUUCUUGUUCCAGUGAUAAAGUUCCUGGCGAUCUAUUUAUUUCCACUAACGCGAUGGAAUUCGUUAUUGAAAAACGUCAAUCGUAUAAUAAAUGAACGAAAACAAGAAAAAUCAAGAAAUGCACACACCGACUUCCUUCAAAUGAUUGUGAGUUAUGAAGAUCCUGAAGGUUUCGCAAAAGGGCAAAUGAAAUCCUUGUCUAGGACUGAGGUCAUUGCUCAAGCUGUCGUCUUCUUCGCUGCUGGAUAUGACACUACAUCCACCACCCUUCAGUUCCUGGCCUAUAACCUGGCUUGUUGUCCAGAAGCACAAGAGAAGGUUGUACAGGAAAUCCAAAACCUAAUUGGAGAUGGCAAACCUACUUACGAGGGUGUGGCAAAGCUGAAAUAUUUAGACAGCGUCGUGCAGGAAACACUGAGGAUGUUCCCUCCUCUAAACACCGUUAACAGAAUGGCGUCAGAAGAGGUGACUAUUAAAGGAGUCACUAUUCCUAAGGGAGCUGGUGUCUGCGUUCCUAUCGCCAACGUGAUGAGGGACCCAGAGUAUUUCCCUGACCCUGACGAGUUUAAACCCGAUAGGUUCAUUGAAGGCGCUGAUGGAUUCGUGAACCCUUUCUCUAACCUGGUCUUCGGGUUUGGACCUCGCCAGUGCAUCGGCAUGCGUCUGGCGCUGCUGCAGAUCAAGAUGGUCAUGGUGCACGUGCUCCGGAAGGUCAGAUUCAUCAAAACAGAUGAUUUGAAGGAAACACCUGCAAGGAAGCCAGGAUCAUUUCUGAGUAUUGUGGAGAAACCGCUCUUCAUCACGGCGGUACUCAGAGAAGCCGCCACCAAAACCCGAGUAGAACAUUAGGUUCCAUAAAACUUCACAUCGUUCUCCUUUCUGCUGUAUAGAUGUUUUAAGGCUUAUUCGCACGUUUCUGUCAUUAAGUUUCAAAUUAAAAAAUUGAAGUUUAACUCUCUUGUGUACGUGUAUAUUUGCAUUUGGAAUGUUUGGUUUAAUUUCAACAAUUGCAAUUGUGGAUUAAUUAAAUUGUAUUGUAUUUGGAAUGAACAUUCGUUGGAAAAUUUUCUGAACUUUUUAGAAAGUCUGUGUUAAUUACAAAUUGUGCAUAAACAUCAUUGUUAUAUUUCUGAUUUUUUUUUAACAAAGGGACCUUGAAACGUGUUAAUACUCGAAUUGUUAAGUCAAAAAUCGAAAAAAGUGACAAAAAAAUUGUCCACUCCAUUUAUUUGGAUUUAUAUUUAUUGUGUAUAUAUUCUUUUGUUUUAUGUACAUUUAGCUACCUAACAUAUGUAGACUUUUUGUCGUCUGCUAUUUUACUGUUAUAUUAGACUGAUAUCUGACAUCUUUUAGUUAAAUUUGAUGUUGUAUAGUGUAUUUUGCUCCUCUAAUUUUUAUUUAUUUUUUUUAUUUAUCUAUGUUUAAAAGAUUCUUUUUUUUCUUUUAGUUAGCUUACGUAGAGUUUUUGUUUUAAGAGGUUUUGCUGUCUAACGUCCAUUUUGUUGCUAUAUUAGACUUAUCAUAAUGUGUUGCUGCGUAUAUAAUUCAUCUUGCAAUGUUUCUUAAACAAGCAAAGAUUUGAUCAAAAACAUCUUUAUGUGAGGAUUCUUGCAAAUACAGAUCAUUAUUUCAUUGUAACACGAAGCAAGGCGUACUCUACUUAUCCAAAAAAUAUAAAUAAGCCUUCCAUAUAUAUCAAGAGAAAAAUCUAAAGCAAAAAGCAAUAAAAAUGAGAAGAUGAAAUGUUAAAAAUGUGUUAAAUAUAUGAAAUUAUCAUAAGUACUUCUGUACAGGACCAUUGUCUUCUACUUUGACUUCAGCACUCAUAGUAAAGGGGACUCUUUAAGUACCUUGGGAAAUAUUUUGAUUACUGAUUCUUUAGCUAUUUGUUGUUUCAAACUUAAUGAUAUCCAGUUUCAGUAUCAAAAAUAAACAUUCUACUCUU